AUGUGGUUUCAAUUGGCUUCAAUAGCAUUUUUUGUCUUGUUGACUCUCACGACGGCUGCAGAGAACGCAUUGGAAGAAGAAACCGUUCAAGAACGGAGACUUAGAGCAAAUGCAAAGAUGUGGUCAUUUGGUAAUGAUAAGGAUGAUGAUAGCAGCAAUCCCCGCCCAUGUCUUUUUAUUCAUGGAGAGAAUCAUGAAAACGAGGAGAAGGAACUGCAAGAUUCGUCCGAUAAAUUUGGUGAUAUGAGUAAGAACGCCCCGUUCUGUUCAUCAAUCAAAUAUGCUUCACUGGAUACGCUCAAUGUUGGUUGGACAGACCACAAGCUGCAAAAAGAAGCAGGUGCAAUUGCCAAUAAACACUGCAGCAUUGACAGCAGUACGUCGUGGGUCAGCAUGAGUGCACCAAUGAAAGGCUCCAUGGUAUCAAAUUAUGUGCAAGAUGUUUGCACGGAUGACGAUACCCAGGUUUUCCAUCAGAUUUUGACGCUUGUAGGCCAGUGCCCUGUUCAAGCUGGAAUGGAGUCUCUUGCGUAUAUGGACGGUAAAUACAGUACUAAGGAGCUUAAUAAAGCAUACGUGGCUGCCGAGAAAGUCUACACUGCCCAGGUAUCGGCUGCUAUGUGCAGUAACGGUAAUAUUGGUAUCUUUUCGACGUACCAAGCCAAGUACCUGCUUCUAGGCGCCAAGGUGGAUCAUGGUUCGGGCGAAAAUGAUGGUUUUACGACAUACAAGAGUUGCCGUGGUGGCAUUGACAAGGCUAAGUUUGGCGAUGACCCAUCGGAUCGAUUUUACGUGACCCAUUGUAACCACGCCGAUACUGCAUUCCUUAACGGUGACAGCCACUUCAAGGACAGCAUGAAACCGGUAAAAUGGUUCAAAGGUCUUUUCUAA